UCCUCGCCCGCGCCCAGCGCUCCAAAUCUCCAACGUCAUCCACUCGUCUCCUCCAUGAACACAACACCAACUGUUCUUCAAGUUCAGAUUCUCAUUCUCAAAUUCCAUUAGACUUUCUAGCCUCCAAAAUGCCUCGCUAAAUCCUCGCAAACUGCUCAGAGAUUCGAGUUUUGAGUUUUAUGUCAAAUGGAGUCCAUCGUUGUAACCAAAUCCAAGAAGAGGAACAAAUUGUUUCCGUGUUUCCGAGCGGCGGCCUCCGGUAGCCCUGUCGGCCAUGGCGCUCCAGAGGAGCAGGUUUUUCCAUUCAUGACGGUGAGAGACAAUGUGCUGCCGGUGGAUCGAGGCGAUGAAGAUUCCAGUCGCUGGAAAAAGAAAGGCGGUCGCGGUGCUUGGUCGCGGGCGAUUAGGGCUGUCAUAUUCGGAACUUCAUUGGCAAAGAAGAUUGCUAAAAGGAAAGCGAAACAUUAUCAAAAUUCGAAGGAGUCUCAAAGGCAUCUAGCUCCGUCCUGGUUUAGCAGCAGAUCAAGAAGUGGUUCAGAUCUAAAUUACCGCAACUAUUCUACCCGUAGUUCUGAGCCAUUUUCAUCCCCCUCGUUCUACAGUUCGUCUCCUUCCUCCACGGAAAAAAGCGACUCAUCAUUUCGACUCUAUCCAACUGCAUCGAAUCGACUAUACACACAGAUUAAUUUCAGAAAAAUCUUCAGCGGUUGGUUUGUGCUACUGGUAUGUCUUCUAAGCUUGGUUUUAUGGGGGAAAACCGGAGCUAUUAUCUGCACUUCGGUUUGGCUUCUCUGUUUGUACCGCUGGAGGUUCAGAUUCAGGUCACCGGACGACAAGGCCAGUACGGUGGCGAUGAGUUCCGGCGAAUACAACGACAUAGAGAUCAUGGAAGAAUUUCUGAAGCGAGACCGUUUAGCUGCUCGGAAUUCAACCUUACGCAUUGAUUGAUCUAUAACAGCGAAAGGGCGCCAAUAAGGUUCUAAAUGGCGUUUCAAAGCCGAUUUUUGCAUUUUUUCAUUACAAAUUUGAAAAACGUCAUUGUCGAUUUUGUUCAUCACAGACGUUAACGAAAAAUCAAUUAAAUAAAAACUA